AUGAUGCGGACCACCAUCAUCCGGCCUGCGGUUAGUCAACCUCGAGCCCUUUGUCGGUUAUGCGUGACCUCGUCACGCGCCAGCCAACAGACUCGAUUGCUGCAAACUGCCAAGCCACCCUUAUCGUCAAUAGUCUCUCCUCGAUCUGCCAAGCUUCACGGGAAUACCACGUUGAGACGAGUUGCUGAGGGAAGCCGCCUGGCCAGUACAGUAUCUACGUUGGGCCUGGAUAAGAAUGGUCACAAGAAGCCUGUUGGGACGAGGGCAUCGUCCAAGGAGCUACCUGAUCUGAAAAAGCUGGUUGCUGUGGUUCAGCAGAGCAAACAGCGCUUCCUGUCUACGGAUGGGAUUCCUACUCCACAGUUGGUCAUCGCAGCCUUGAAAACAUGCCAAGGCGCCGCGAAUGCGAUUCAACCCUAUCUGUCCAAGUCAGAGAUUCGUCCGGCCUCGACCCUUACAGCCUCGACUGCGUCAAACCUAUUAUCCCUGGACUCGAACUCAAGUGCAGCUAAAUCUGGUAGCACGUCGAUCCCAUCAGUCUCUGUCAAGGAUACAGUUGACACAAUUUCCGAGUCAGCGUACGAAAUUAUCGCCCACCCCACCGUUUCCAUUGGUCCCCAGAUCUUGGAGCUGUACGUAAACAUCCAAGCUAGGCUUGGCAGGCCCGAGACACUUCCCCAAGUUUUCGACAUGUAUGCGUCAAAGCCCAAACCCAAGGCUAUUGAAGGUUCAAUCACCUAUGUUGAGCAGAACCCAAAACGAGCAGACAAGGCAAUCGAGGCAAAUGUUGCCAAAAUAGCUCUAGGCGUCGCCAUCGAUGCCAAGAAUUUGGACGCCGCAAUUGGCAUCGUUGAAGCCUGCUAUGCAACUCAAGCAUUUUACCGGCAGAAGUUUCUGCGGAAGGCGUUUCUGCCCGUCUCGGCUGCGGGCGCGGCCCCAAUUGGGGUCUACGCUCUUGCCUCCAACCUCUCGGCAUUCCAGAACACGAUGGAGCCCGUGACGGCCACGAAGUUCGCCUUUGUUGCCAUCCUGGCCUACUUGGGAUUCACUGGCACGAUCGGGAUGGUUGCCAAAACCACUGUAAAUGAUCACAUGCGACGAGUCACCUGGGCACCUGGCAUACCGUUGCAUCAGCGGUGGCUUCGGGAGGAGGAGCGCGCUGCCAUGGAUGAUAUUGCUUGCGCAUGGGGUUACAAAGAGAAAUGGAGGCACGGUGAAGAGGGUGGCAUCGAGUGGGAGUCAUUGAAAGAGUAUCUUGGUCUGAAGGGAAUGAUGCUGGACAGAGUUGAGCUGAUGGAGGGAAUGAGUUGA